CACGGAUGACCGAAUUCGAGCGAAACAGGCCUGAUGUUCCAGGCAGGAAAUCUCUACGUGGAUAUCCUGAUUGGCGGAUUUGAUGUCUAGCACGUGCUCGUAGUUUUCGCCAGGGUUUAUCUAUUUUCAGCGUACAUACAUGAAGACGGAAGGAGAAGCUCACAAACCGCUCCAAAGCCCUCAGCUAUGGCACUCUCAGAUGAAAACCCUCUCUCUCCAACCGAAAACCCGACCCUUACAGAGAAAGAAAUCCAACCGUCAAAUCUCCAAUCAUCGGACGGUAUCGUUCCAGUCGACGCACUGAAAGGAAAACGAGACCCGGAAGCAGAAGAAGGCGAAGAAGAUGUUAAAAAAGAGCCAGCUACUGCGGAUGAAGAGAUCCAACCGUCGGAUCCCCAACCAACGGACGGUGGAGAUUCAAUCGGCACCAACAAAAGGAAAACCCCAGGAGGUGGAGAAGAGAAGAAGAGCUCUUUGCAUCCUCUUUGGAAGACGAGUCUCUGCUCGUAUUUCAGACGCCAGUCUGGAGUUUGCAGCCACGGCGACGCCUGUAGGUUCGCCCACAGCGAGGCAGAGCUGCGCCCUCGGGCCGACAACUCGUGGGACCCAACUUCCGAACGGGCAAAGAAGCUUCUGAAAUCCAACGGCAGCGAGAGGGUUGAAGCCGUUCCAGAAGCGAGGGAAGAUGUUCUUCCUGUGUCGUCAGACGGGGCAGAGCGAUCGGAUGCGGCUCUUAGCAGGUGCCUUGUCCAUCUUCCGCUAAAAUGGACUUCAGAGAAUUUGAAGAGCUUCCUUGAUACUCAGGGGAUUAUCUACAAAACGGCUAAAAAGAAGAAGGGAAUGGCAGUAGGUUUUGUUGGCUUUGAAGAUGAAGAACGGAUUAAAGAUGCCACCGAGGUUCUGGAUGGGAAAUCAAUCGGCAACAAACGUGUAAAGCUUGCAAAUGUCAUUCAUAGAUCAUAUGAGAAGAAAUCCAACUUGGCAACUGCUCUUGAUAAAAGAGUUGCACAACCUACGGAGAAUCCUUCUGGCAGUGAGGAUCCUUCUGUGACUCCUAGUAUGAUUGAGAAUGAAGAUACUGUGGAAAAAGAUAGUGAUGCUGUUGAUGGUUCAACAACAAAAACGAGAAGUGCUCGUGAUGUAGUCACUCCCCUCGCCCAUAUGCCCUACAAUGAUCAGCUGGAGCACAAGAAGAACUCGCUUGUUCAAACUCUUAAAAGGCUUACUCGAAAUGCACGUAAGGCUUGUCCAGAUGCUGUUCCGCUUCCAGAGUGGAUUCAUAAGUCAAGGGAGAUUGGUGGUCUUCCAUGCAAACUAGAGGGCAUUCUAGAAUCCCCUCUGGUAGAUGGUUAUCGAAACAAGUGUGAAUUUUCAGUAGGCUAUUCUCUACAGGGUAAACGAACUGUCGGGUAUAUGCUGGGAAAUUUCAGGGAGGGCAUAACAGCAGUUGAGGAACCUGUUGACUGCCUGAAUGUUUCUAAAAUUUGCUGCAAAUAUGCUCUGAUCUUUCAAGAGUUUCUACAGUCUUCAACUCUGCCAAUAUGGAAUAGAAUUGAUAAUACUGGCUUUUGGCGUCAAUUAACGGUGAGAGAAGGAAGGAGUCCGUGUGAGGGUGAUCAGGUUGAAAAUGUUGAAGCCUGUAUUGCAGAGGUCAUGCUUAUCGUUCAGGUUUGCUCAUCCAGGGUCGACAACGAACUAGUAACAGUCGAGUUCCAGAGAAUGGCUCAAGCUUUUGCACAUGGAGCGUCAACGUCCUCCUCUCCAUUGCCUCUAACUGUGUUGGUAGUUCAGGACCACAAAGGCAUAUCAAAUGCAGCACCAUCUGAUUCCCCGUUGCUCCCACUAACAAUACCGAAAGCGGAAGGCGUUGCUAACUCGGAGGACCCAAAUGCUGUUGAAACAAGAAUUCAUGACUACAUAAGCAAUCUCCGUUUCAGCAUAUCACCAACAGCUUUUUUUCAAGUUAACACCCUUGCUGCAGAGAAGCUGUACUCCCUUGCUGGCGAUUGGGCUGGUCUGGGUCCAGAUACCUUGCUUUUUGAUAUAUGUUGUGGGACUGGAACAAUUGGCCUAACUUUAGCACACCGCGUUGGUAUGGUUGUUGGCAUUGAAAUGAAUGCCUCUGCAGUUUCAGAUGCUCACAGGAAUGCAGAGAUCAAUGGUAUUAAGAACUGCAGAUUUGUCUGUGCGAAGGCGGAGGAUGUAAUGGGUUCUCUACUUCGAGAGUACCUAAGCUUGGCACAACAGCAGGACGAAACCCUGCAUGUCUCCGAAAGUAACAACAGUGAGGAUACUGGGGGCAAAGAGGAUGGUGCCCAUGUUGACAAAAUACAAAACCAAGAUGCUUGUGCAUCCAAUGCUGAUUCUCUCAUGAAUGAUGAAGGUGCCGAGAAGAUGUCAGAUUGUUCAGCUGACAGAAGCAAUGAAAGCUUGGAAGCUGCACAGGUACCAAAGGGAGGGGUGGAAGUGGUGGAUUCCACGAAAGAAGAUACGGUUGAUGCUUCCAUACCCAAUGAAAACUUGGAUAACGAAAUGGCUGAUGUCAAAAGCAUGUCAGGUAGCGAGCAAAGUAACCUUGAGGAGUUCAAAGAUCCGAGUAAGAAGAAUUGCAUUUCAGAAGAGAAUGUAAACAGUGAUGUGCCUGUGCGGCAAUUUAAACAUGUUGUAGCAAUCGUCGAUCCUCCACGUGUCGGUCUUCAUCCCAUUGUAAUUAAAGCUCUAAGGACUCACCCAAGUCUACGGCGGCUUGUGUACAUCUCAUGUAAUCCUGAAACCUUAGUAGCUAAUGCGAUUGAGUUGUGCACGCCAUCCCCAGACAAACCCGAGAAAGGGAAGAACAACCGAGGAUGGAGGAAAAUGAGUAGUGCUGGUCUGGCACGGCACAGGGCCAAAUCUAUGCCCAACUCAGAGCCUUUCCAACCUGUGAAAGCUAUGGCUGUUGAUUUGUUCCCGCAUACCCCACACUGUGAAAUGGUGAUGCUUCUAGAGAGAUUCAGAGCUGCAAGCCUACAACUUGAUUUUUCUUUCUACAAGAAAACUAUAGCAGCAUAUCCACAUCUUCCACACUACAAAACAAAUGGGUUGGUUUCAUUCAAGCCUUUUUUGCUACAGGCGAUAGAGUUUGAAAAUUUUGAUGUUGUGAGCUUCAAAUUGCCUUUUCUUUUCUAUAAGAAAUUAUAUGUUGCCUUGCAUGUGUGCUUUUUUGCAAUUUCUUUGGAUCAAGCUUUCUGCCUAAGAAAUGAGAUGCCAAGAAAUCUCUCCAAAAAAAAAAAAAAAAAAGGAAAGAAAGAUGUCAAGAACAUGGAUUCGGCCUUGAGAUGAUAAAAAUGAAGCAAUUUAUUUGGUCCCACAAAUAGUGCAUGUGGGCCGCACCUUUUGGUGAUCUGAAUACAGAUCAUAUGGUAGGCCUCUUCUACAUGGACAAAAAUUAUGGAUCAUUGUCUGAUCAGGCCCACAUUAGAGUGGACCAUUGGCUGCCAUUUUAUAUUUGGAGGCCCACAAUUGGAUGGCUAGGAUCAUCCAAUAAGGGGAAUAUGUUGGGCCAUUGCACUAGAUAAUUGGCUUGGGUUUCUGAAAACUUGGUUGCACUAGAUGAUUGGUCGGGAUUAUUGAAAGAAGAAGAGGGUAAUUGGUUUCCCAUGACAGAAAAAAGAGAAAAAAGAA